UAAUGAUGAUCCAACGAUAUGUCCAGCGGCCCUGGAGGAGGAGGAGGAGAAGGUGGAGGCGGCGGCAGCGGGCAGCAGCAGCAUAACACCAGCAGCUCGAGCCACAACAACAGCAGCAACAAUUGCGGCACGGCAGCAACUCAACUGAGCAGCAGCAACAACAGCAGGAGCAUCACACCAGCUACAUCGACAUCAUCGACUGGAACUGGAACAGGAACCACAUCCACGCUGCAGCGUCGUAUACUGCGCGGUCAUGCGGCGCAGACGACCAGCGGCGAACGUGUCCUGCUCAUUAACUAUGUGCCACAAUCAGGAGCAUCAGCCACCGCAUCCACUCAGAGUACUUCUCAAUUGCCCACCCGUAAGAUACUCCAGGCCAGAGCCUCGGCGGCAGCAGCAGCGGCGGCAGCAUCAUCGUCAUCAUCUGGUGGCGGAGGAACCGGAGCUUCAUCCUCCUCGCCACCAACCACGCCAGCUGUUUCGUUUGCCGGACUGGGCUCCGAGGUGACGGUCACCUUGACGCGCACAAAUCAGCGCGCUAGCGUGACCAGUGUCACUGCCGCCGGUCAUAUUGUUCGAAAUCAGCAAGCCACAACCUAUCAUCAGAGCACCAACACCGCCAGCACAGCAUCGACCCCAAGUGGCACGUCGGCGAUCCAUGAGCACAUGGCCACAUCAACGUCGCCACCGCCAUUGGUGUUCACCCAUCAUCCACAUCAUCACCAUAGUCAGCAGCAGCAGCAGCAUGAGUAUCACCAAGAGCACCAGUUGGUGGAUCACCAUCAGUUGGAUCAGGAGCACAUAAUCAUAGAUCAUCACCAACAGACGGAGGAUGAUCAGUUGAUCGAAUACGACGAUAGCGGAACGAUCGAGGAGCAGCAUCAACAGUUGCAAAUGCAGGAGGAUUUGCAGCAACAGCAGCCACAUCAUGAAGUUGUCCAAGAGGUGUAUCUCCAGUAGGAGCGAUUAGUGCUAAGCCGUAGUGAAAUAAGUUUUAGCCACUCUAUAUAGAAUUUUGGGACACCCAAAAUGUGUGCAGAAGCAGAAUCGAAUUGGACAAAGCUUUAAUUUGGAAUUUUUUCUAAAAAUGUAUCUGUAUCCCUAAGUUUUUUACCCAUUUAAAUUUAUAUUUAUAAUCACCUGUUUCAAUUGCACACAUUUUGAGGAUUACCAAUUGAGAUAGUGUACAUAAAUACAAACUUAUUAAUAAUCUUAGAAUCGUGGAAUUUUUAGAAAACCAUGUCUCAAUUUGUAUAUAAUUUUCGGACAAGUAGAAAAAUAUUUUCGAAUGAAAGUAUUUAUCGCAAAUGAAUCACAUUGAAGUAAAAAUUCAAUCAAUUACGAGUUAAUAAAGAUUAUUUUUGUACCAUACAAAUACCGCUUCUAGAUACUUGCUAGUUGAGAAAAAUGCGGAUAUAUAUAAUAACCUUUGACGAUCUAUUCAAUAAGCUAUUGUCAGUUAAAGAUCAAAACAAACAGCAAUCGUAAUCAAUUGUAUGAUAUAUACACUUCAAUGUAGAGCAACAAACUUCGCACAUACGCAUGUAUCUAUGGAUCAAUUCAACUCUGAUUGUUCGAAAACUGUUUGAUAACGAUGGCCCUUUGGAUUACAUUGCGAAUAGAGCGAUGAGUAUCUGUUCUGUAGGAGAAACAUAUUCAUGCAACCCAGUAUUUGGGGCCAAGGCAAUAAAGUGAGCCGGUUUGUGUACUGAAAGAAACAUAAAAAA